UUAAAACUUUAUUUGAUAGGAACUUUUUUAGUGCGGCACACGUGUAUUAAGUAAAGGGCACCAAAACUAAAAUGUGGAAGUUGAAAAGCCCUAGUAUGCUCUUGAGACUGCUUUUCUGCUUUUUUAUCAUCAAAGAAGCCUUUUGCACAGAUCCAGAAGUGGUCGUGCUGCGAGCAGUGCGUGGCAGGGACGCUCGUCUGCCCUGCGGCCAGGGAAAAGUGUUUCUAGAUGGCCCAGACUCUUAUGUACUCUGGUUGAAAAAUGACAGAGAUUUUCUGUAUCGAUUUCCUAAUGAAGAUUCUGAGAGAAGGUUAAUAAAUCGAGAUCGCAUCUACGGUACAUCGUGCGACACUGGAGCAUGUUAUGAUGAUACUUCAUUACUCCUGAAAAGGGUCACUGAGGCAGAUAGUGGAAUAUACAGGUGUAGGGUUCAUUACCAAGCUUCUCCAUCUCUUGAUUUUGUCAUUGAUAUAAGGUUGGUCGAUUCGCCGGGGUUGCCUCGAAUAAUCAAUGAAGCCGGCGAUGAAAUAAAGAGGGGCUACGUGGGACCACUGAGCCUAGGGUCCGAUUUGACUUUAAUUUGUGAAGUUGAUGAUGACCAACCAGACACUCUAGUCUACUGGCGUCGGAACGGAGUGAUAAAAGAGCGAGCCCAUACUAUACGUCCUGGAGUACUUCGAGCUGAUGUACACGUCCACAAUGCAACCCGAGAUGAGCUUGACGCGCAUUACGAGUGCCUUGCACAAAACGCCGACGUCACAGAGCCGCUAAGCGCAAGCGUAGUCGUGAAAAUGUAUUUGCCGCCUAUUAAUGUGGAAAUUCGUUUAAACAACAACUUUGACUUCGAGGCGGGUCAACCACGUGUUGUGGAUUGUGUGAUUGUCGGGUGUGUCCCACCACCAUCAAUAACAUGGCACCUUGGAGACGUUCUACUAAGACCUAGUGUUCACAAGGAACUGCAUGAUGGAAACUACACUGUGUCUUCAUUAACACUGGCGCCGUCGCUUCGGAACACCAAACAUGACCUCGUCUGUCGCGCACACAAUUCUCAUUUACCGAACGGAGUAUUUGAAGACAAAGUCACAUUGAAUGUUGGAUUUCGCCCCUUAUGUAUUUCAACAAGGGAAGAAACUAUAGGAGCUGUAGAGCGAGAAGCUGAAACUUUGGUUUGCGUUGUUGAGGCAUCACCGGAACCUUUACAGUUUAGUUGGACCUUUGCGGACUCUAGAACACUAUACACUAGUGUGAAGAAGCUACCAGGUCAUACACACAGGUACUCAUCUACAUUGACCUGGCUUCCUAGGGAGAGUGAUAUUGGUAUUCUGCUGUGCCGGGCGACAAACGCGUUUGGGGAACAAAAACGUCCUUGCUCAUAUACUAUAUCAGAAGGCGGCCCACCACGGGCACCUGAUUGCGUCGUGCUACGCUCUUAUCCUCACGCCAUCCGUAUCCACUGCCAAAAAGGUUGGGAUGGAGGUAGAACACAAACUGUGUACUUAGAACUGCUGAACGCGGACGGUACCUUAGUCCACAAUAUUUCAAACACCGCCGGACAAUUUCAACUCCCUGAUAUAGAAGAUGAAAGAAAUUUAACAGCUGUAGUGUACGCCGCAAAUUCUAGAGGGCGAAGUGAACCCAAAACAUUACAUCUGCAGACAAUAACACCUAUUAGUGCGUCAGCCGUUAAAAAGUACUCCCAAACUGGUAGUUGGACGCCCUGGCUUGAGGGUAUAGCUAUUGUUGGAGUAAUAGCAGCCGCAGUGACUGGAUCAGCUGUCUGCUUCAAACUAAUCCGAAGCAAGAAAGAUGCAGUCGAACACAACCCCGAUUUAGUACCUCGAUCUGAUGGCACAUUUCACCGAGAACCCGACUUUACCCGGGAAGAACGUCUUCUUGGUACGACAAAUAUAACAGUUAAUCAACUUGCGGCAUGUCAGAAUCAAUACACGCCUUCGCCUGUACCUUCCUGUAGAGUGCUAGUGGGUUGCAGUCAUCCGCCGCCUCCAGAUUCAUGUCCGGCAACUCAACACUCUUAUUUUGUAUAAGAUAAUAGGAUAUGUAUUUGCAUUAUAAAUAGACUUCUUAGAACUUUUACAGGUCAGAGUCGUUCAUUAAAUAAUCUCUAAGGAUACAUUAAUAGUUAUAUAGCUAGAGAACUAUGCAACUCAGCUAUAUAUACUAAAUACCUAAUUAGUAAAAGAUUGUUUUAAAAAAGCAUAGGGAAGUGUACGCUUAAGUUUUUUUUUUAAAUAUUUACUAAAUGUUUAAACUUUUAAUGAACGACUCUGAUUUUAGUUGCCAGUACGUACGCCGUAUUUUGUAUGUCAUUUGUAUAGAAUUUAUACCAUUCACUUUAAGUAGUAUUUAAGAUUAAGUUCCGUAUGUCAAAUUGCAUACGUUUACUACAAACCGGAGUCAAACUUAGCUAUGACUAUGAAUCUUACAUUAAUACAUGUAAAGUUAUUUAAAGAUAUACUUCCGUCUUAGACUAAAAAUCAACGAUGUAUGCGAUGUAUGCUUGAUAAGGCUAGGUCUGCCUUGUCAAGAAAUUUUUUCAAUGAAAUGUGAAAUUGGCAGGUUACAAACAACAAUACCUUCAAUGUUAUAAAUAUUUUUACGGUUAUAAAUGGAGUUAAUAAUUACAAUAUUUAUCAAUUUACAAUAUAUACGAACUUGUAAUGCCUAUACUAAACUUUAUAUUUAGUAGAAUUAAUAAGUUUUCUCAAUGUUAGAGUUUGUUGCCUGAGUAUAAAUAAGCUAUUUAAAUGUAUU